UGCGAAUCCCUUUUUAAUGAAACAUUAUCAUUAUCAUAUUUACAUUAAAUCGUGAUAAAGCAUUGGUAAUAAUUUAUUAAUUGUUGAUUUCGUAUUUUCGUUUGUUUUCUGGCAUUUGCGCUUUUUCAUUGAAUCUGAAGACGAAAGAUAACUAUUCUGGUUUUGAUCUUGCAAAAUGUCGUCUUCGCAAGGAAACCGCAUGCCUAAAGAUUCUCAAACCAUAGUGUCGAUGAUGAAUGAUUUAGGAAUACGUGAAUAUGAACAACAAGUUUUAAACCACCUGCUAGAAUUUAAUUACAGAUACACAUCACUCAUUCUGGAAGAAGCUAAGGCUUGUUCAAAAUUUGCUAAUAAGGAGAAAAUUGAUGCGGAUGAUGUCAAAAUGGCAAUUCAAAUGACCGAAGAUGGUGUAUUUCUUAAAUCUCCUCCACGUGAUGAACUAAUCAAAGCGAGUAAUGAAUUAAACAACAAACCUCUGCCUGCAAUAAAGCCUGCUAGUGGGUUGAGAAUUCCUCAAAAUGGUUCAAGUUUCUUACAAGCAAAAUACAAGCUCAAAACUGAUUUGAAUAAAGGAAGAAAUGUAUUGAAGAAAAACACUAAAAUAACAGUAGCUGAAAUGUUGAAUGCGACUAAACAGACCGACGCUGUCAGUAAUCCUACACAAUCUGAUUUGAAGAGGGAUGGUUUAAGUGAUUUGGACAUUGACAAGGUUAUUGAAGAACAGCAGUACAAUCAAGACAAUUUCAAUGAUUUUAGUUUGGAUUCCUUAUUACAUGAUCCUAAUUCAUUAUCAUUUUGAACAUAACUUUUUUUUAUUGAUUUUAACUCUAAGGUACUAAUCUAAAUAAUAUAUUAUAUCUUAUAUGAGUUAUAUUUAUAUUACUUUAUUUAAACAUACCAUUUUAUAUUAUAAGAUUCAUUAAAAAAAACUCACAUUUACCGUAUGGUAAUUUUGUAAAAUCCGUAUUUCAUAAUGUGAAUUCUUUCUACUCUGAUUGUAAAUCAUCUUGAGUUUAAAACUAUUAAAUAAUCAUCAGUAAACUGUAGCGUAAGUUUUUGUAAUUCUUAAUUGAGCAAUUAUUAGUUAAGAAUUUUCUGAAAAUGCUAAAUAAAUUAAAAAUAUUUGUAAGUAUUUUUAUUGAGUUAAUCUAAUUUAAAUUUCUGAGAUUAAUGAAAACAUUGGAAUAAUGAAAACAUAUAUUAGUUUAUGUAUUAAU